AUAAUUGCCGCCAUUCGCACGUCGAUAUAUUGAACUAAUUAUAACUCGACUUUGAUAAGCUCUUAAACUGACCAAUCAUGGAGUAGUUCCCCUACUUGCAACUGCAUUUUCACUUGGGCAUUGCAAACAUUUCUCCGUCAGAUGGUGCAAGCAACGGAUAGCGACAGAAGCGCACUCGUCUCAAUAACGAAUAUAAACGUAAAAAAAGAAUAGAAAAAAAAGAUAUUCUUUCACACUUUUUUCGCAUGAAUCUGGCCCCACCGAGUGUAUAGUAAAACAGUGUACAUUAUAAAUGUACUAGAAGAUCGCGUACGCGACUUAAGACUUAUCUCGAUGUACCUCCGACUUGAUAAAAGAAAAUUGUUGUGGUGUAGUUUUAUGUGUUGUUGUGCCGUCGUUAAAGCGACUAAACCGUUUUGAUAAAUGAGCCUGCAAGGUAGCCUUUUUGCCGAAGAUGUGGAGUACGACGUGACUCUCUUUUUGAAAGACAAUAGAAAAAAAAGGGUCCUCGUGUUUCCUCCUGUAAACAGCUAUCAACGAUAUCUCAUACAUCAGCUAGUGCAGGAUCGUUUUGCCGAUUUCCUGCGCACCUUCUCCAUUGGCCAAGGGCUCGACAGACGUACCGUCGUCUGCUACAAGACCGACGUGCUCAGGGAGCCAGGAUCGAAUGGUGGGGAACAAAAGGAAAGUCCUUCUAAAACGUUGUCCUGUGAAAUGGGUGUAAUAGAACGACGACAAUCAUCGUCGAAAUCACCGGAACAUAUUCGCUCACAGCAACAGCAACAAAGGCAUGCUGAUCCAAGGAUCGUUUCAAAUUCAAAGUCCGUUGCACCUGCGGUAGAAAUCUACGUACCACCUCCAGCAAGAAGGGCAAGAAAUAACGAGCUCCGUUCGCAACAUCGAGAAACUUCGACUCAUGUUAAAACAGAGGAUAGUAGUAGUAACGAUAACGACCUUACGGUACUCCCUUCCACAUCUUCUUUUUCUAACACGAGAAAUAGUCGUCAAAGAAGACCAGAUCGUGCAGUUUAUGUACCAAGGCAUAGAAGAAGUGGUGCAGAGAUAGAAGUUAGUAAUACACGUCGUUCUCACGAAGACAACGUUAUCUUACAAGAUCCUGUAAGAUUAACAAUCACAACAGCAGUAACAGCGUCGAAUAACGCUAUUAGCGAAGAACAAGAUAUUAUAUCAUCGUCGUCGUCGUCGUCGUCGUCGUCGUCAUCAUCAUCAUCAUCAUCAUCAUCAUCAUCAUCGUUAUCGUCGUCAUCAUCAUUAUCAUCAUCAUCAAAAUUAAACAGGGAAUCUGAAUGUCCAACAUCAUUAAAUACCAACAAGCAUAAUAAUUUAAGUUUGAACAGGGAUCAUUCACCUGUUAGCUCUCUGAAAUCAUCAAGCGUAAAAGUAGAAAAUACUGAAGAACAAGUAAAACCAGUGAAACUCGACGAACAGCAGUCAACGCUCUCGAAAAUAACAGACGAUCGUCAUCAUCAUCCUACGCACGAGGAAGAAGAAAGAGAAUCAGUGAAAGGUGAACGAUUGCAAAGUGAUAUGUUAGUUUCUUCAUCUUUGCAAGAACCUACAUUGAUUAACGAAACUUGUACUAUCCAACAAGUAAUUGGAGUUUUACAAGAAGACAAAUCUGAACUUUUAUCGAACGCUCAAUCCUCAGAACUUAACAGUAAAAACAGUAACGACGCGGCAAAUCAUUAUUCUACCGAAAAACUUGUUGUUACUGCAGAUUCGAACGACAAACCUAAUAUGUCGAGUGAGAAAAAAGAUGACGAAUCAAAAGAUAAUGUAUCGUCGAAUCGUCGUAACAACACUGUCAAGAAAAAUAACGAAAGCAAUAAUACCGUGAGACGAAAUAUGGUAACCUCCGAUGUUUUAAUAAUAUCCGACGUUAUUACCAAUAAUAAAGAACCCGCGAAAAAGGCUAAAGAAGUUCCUGUUGUUACCGUGGCACCGCCAGAAAAAAAAGCAAAAAAGGUUGAACGACCAAAAAGUAAACCGGCACCACCACCGUCGCCUCCGAUCAAAAUUAGCAGAGACGAAUGCGAUUGGGAUAGUUUGUUCGACGAUAAUGGUGAUUGUUUAGAUCCGUCAUUGAUUGAAGAGUUAACAUCGGCUGUUGGCGAAGUAGUGAUAGAACAACCAAAGAACGAUUAUAAAAUUUACACUAAACAAAUAGAAUCACUAUCAAGCGACGAAUUUGGUCACGUUGUUGAGAUAUAUAAUUUCCCAUCGGACUUCAAAACGAGCGACUUGGCGGCUGUUUUUAGCCCGUUCAAAACUGGGGGCUUUGAACUUAAGUGGGUCGACGACACCCACUGUCUUGGUGUUUUUAGCAGUCCUCUUAUUGCUGCUGAAGUAUUGGCUUCAGAACAUCCGUUCGUUAAAACCAGACCUCUUAGUGAAGCUACAGCUUUAAGUAAAACAAAAGCAAGAAGAAGUGCUGAGUUCUUGCAACCGUACAGAAGUCGUCCAAAAACUUGCGCUGCUUUAGCGAGAAGGUUGGUUUCAGGUGCUCUAGGUGUAAAAUUAGCAACAGCGAGACAAGAACGAGAACACGAAAAGAACAUUUUGCGUGAAGCUAAAGAGGAAAGAAGAUUGGCCAAUAAACAACGAGAAGAUGCUUGGGAAGGUAUAAUCCCUCAAAAGUAGCAUUACCUAUUAGUGGUCCAAUGAACUGACGAAAAAAUAAGAUAUACCUCUUACCGUAUGACCUACGUUGCCUCUACGUAUUUGUGCCUUACUCAUCUAUGUUUUAAAUCGUAAACAGAGUACAGGCGUACUUUUCGAAUCGAAAUGAUUACUACUGAUUUGAGGGGAAUAAUUAUUAAAAAAAAGAUAAAAAAAAGAAAGAAACAAACGAUUCGUUAAAUAGAUGAGUGCGGCAUGAGAAGCAUUUUAAAAUUCUCGUGUAUGUAUGUGUAUAUGCAAGCGUGUGUGCAUGUGUUCUAUUUUUUCUCUUUUUUUUAAUUUUUUUGAUUAAACAAUUUUAACGAAAAUCAAUAUGGGAUAUGUAUAUAAAAAAAAAAAAAGAAAAAGGAAAAAAAACUAAAAUUAAUUUAUCCACUCUUACACAUAUCAUAAGAUAAGGAAAGACGUGGUUUUGGGUACGGUGUUCUAUUUUUAUUUUCUGUUUCAAUGCAUGUCUUUUUAUGUUUAUUUUUUUUUUUUUACGAUGAUAGCCGUAUUUUUUGUGAAAGAAAAAUAUAAGAAAAAAAAGAUUGUUAACGAUGUAGGCCCGAGACCAAAAUCACGAGCACCCAUUCAAUCGGUAACCACCACACAACCCCGGUUUAUUCCCCUUCCGCCCCAAAAAUGAGUAAUUUUUAAGAUUCAAUUAGGACGAGUCUGUUUACGAAAACGUUGUGAACAAUUGCAUAUUGUUAUAUAUAAGUUUUUACUAUGUGCAAUUUUAUGGAAGACAAUAAUAAAUUAGAAUUUUAAGGAUAUAUUAUUGAACAAGGAUUUGUCGUUUACCGCGUGCUUAAUAUAUGGGGGAUAUUAUAUUAAUUAAUAACUUAUAUACACAGGGUGUCCUGUAACCAAUGGUUCAAGCAAGGAGGAGAUGAUUCUACAUUUAAAAGAAAAACUAAGUAGAAAAUGUAGAAUACGCAAAUGCAACCCUUGGCAAUUAAAAACCUUGUUGCAGUACCACAUGCACCUGACAAAUUUUAUUUUACAUUCUUGUCUUAGUUUUUCGU